CAAGAGCAGGGAGAUACAGUAGAGACAUGGUCAUCUGGAACAGAGCUCCUUCACAACAAAGGAAACAGAACAUUUAACUGGAUUUGUCUUAUUUUGGGGAGUUCAGUCCUGUGCCACCCUAGUGCUGAAAUUAUGGACCACUAUUCAGACCAGGGUUGUGACGGGCUUGAGCUGCUUGAUUUGCUGUUUGAUCAAAACAAUGGCAUCCUCCGUCACGAGGAGAUGGGACACCAUGACAACCAUGCCUGGCCAAUCCACGAGCCAAACGUGUUGCGUCCAGCAGAGCAACAGAGCGAGGACUUCCUGAAUGCCCUCCUGAGUGGCAGUGACUCAGUGUCGGGGUCCCCCCUGUGGUCUCCCUCUCCUAGUGACAGUGGCAUCAGUGAGGACCCACACUCGGAUCAGAUGGACAGCCCCCAGCGCCCUGAGAGCCCUCACAUGGAGCCCCACUUCAUCCCCCCUCAGCCACAAACCAAGGUUGCCCUGGAUGCCAACUUCUCCAUUGAUAUCAAUGGCUUGGACUCAGGUUUCUACCCAGGCAGGACUGGGGGGACAGAGUGUUCCUCUGCUGUACGCAGAACCCAGCUGUCUUCUGGCUUUCCCCUCACUGUCAAGGACCUACUGCUCUCUGUCACAUCUGAUCCGCCCCCACAGCAUUCCCAACAGUCCUUCCAAGAGUUGAUUCUUAAUGAGAAUGAGAAAAAACUGCUGGCCAAGGAGGGGGUGACUCUGUCUAGCCAACUACCUCUCACAAAGUAUGAGGAGAGGAUUCUGAAGAAAAUUCGCAGAAAGAUCCGGAAUAAGCAGUCGGCUCAGGAGAGCAGGAAGAAGAAAAAGGAAUAUAUUGAUGGUCUGGAGAGCAGGAUGGCUGCCUGCAGCACACACAACCAGGAGCUACAGAGGAAAGUGUUCCAGCUGGAGAAAUGCAAUACGUCUCUGAUGGAGCAGCUACACAGGCUGCAGACUCUGGUCAUGGGCGGCUCCAAAAAGACCGCCCAGGCUGGGACUUGUGUCCUGGUACUGCUCCUGUCCUUCUCCAUCAUCCUCUUCCCCAGCCUGAACCCUUUUGCCAAGGUCAGCCAAGGAGGGGACUUCAGCCCAGUGAGGGUCCAGUCACGGUCCCUGCACAACCUCCAGUCCUCCAGAGUGCUGCAUGUGAUUGACCAGCCGUACCAAACUGCAGACGACAAGGCCAAGCCUCCAGACCACCAUGUCCUGGGAGACCAGGGUGUGGAUGAGAUUAUGUCUCUGCUGGGUAAACUGGGCACUGGUCACGACAGCCAAGGACUGCCCAAUUUUGACCCCAUGUCUCAUAAUAAUAGCAUGGACGAGCAAGUCCAUUUCCAGGGAGACCCCAUUACUGGCCAUAUAGCUACAGUGACUUGGAAUCCACACCGCAGAGCCCCACUACGCCCACAUGCUGAUGACAUGUGAUUUGGAGAGAGUAUUCCCAGCAGGAUUCCUCUGUUCUGCUCCCAUCUUUAGACACUUCAUAUGAUAAAACAGAGUAGCACAUGCCUAAGGCUCUUGUUUACACUUUGAGUUACGGAAUAAUAAAUACAUUAUUUUGUGCCUGUUAUAGUACAGACGUGUGUGUGUGUGUGUGUGCAUAUAUAUAUAUAUAUAUAUAUAUAUAUAUAUAUAUAUAUAUAUAUAUAUGUAUAUAUAUAUAUAUAUAUAUAUAUAUAUAUAUAUAUAUAUAUAUAUCCUUUUAUCCCUGUUUGUUAUUCUGUUUUGUAUUGUUUUAAUUAACUAUGGGAUCGGUGUGUCCCCCACGGGACGGUUGAGCUAACAUGCACUAAUGUGAUUAUCAUGACAUCGUAAGUAACAAGAAAAUAUGUCUUAUAUGGGCAGAAAGCUUAAAUUAUUGUUAAUCUAACUGCACUGUCCAAUUUAUGGUAGCUAUUACAGUGAAAAAAAUACCAUGCUAUUGUUUGAGGAGAGCGCACAACAACAAAAAAACUUUUAUCACGGCAACUGGUUUGAUACAUUCACCUCAGAAGGUAAAUAAUGUACUUACAUUCAGUAAUCUUGCUCUGAUUUGUCAUCCUGAGGGUCCCAGAGAUAAAAUGUAGCAUAGUUUUGUUUGAUAAAAUCCAUUUUUAUAUUCAAAUGGUUUCUACAGUUUGAACCCCUGCUGUGUCUGCCCCCCCCCCCAUCUAGAUGUGUGAAGGUUAGUGUCUUUUCUGUACAGAAGCUAAUUAUCCAUAAUUCAUGACAUUCCUGGGAGUGUGUAAACUUACAUGUUUUAUUACCAUAUCAUUUUUGUAUGUUCUCUAUAGUUAUGUACUUGAAAAUGUAUCAAUUGACCAAUUCGGCACACUUUGGAAGACUUGAUACAACAUUUUGAACAGUAAGGCAAUGGUUCAUUGGAUCAGUCUAAAAUGUUGCACAUACACUGCUGCAAUCUAGUGGCCAAAAUCUAAAUUGUGCCUAGACUCCCAAGUGAUAUAAUGGCCUUUCUCUUGCAUUUCAAAGAUGAUGAAUUAUCUAUAUUAUCUUUUACCAGAUCUAAUGUGUUAUAUUCUCCUACAUUAACUUCAAAUUUCCACAAACUUCAAAGAGUUUCCUUUCAAAUGGUAUCAAGGAUGUUUUCUGAUUUAAUCUGAAUUUCUGUAUAUUGUAAAAUUAAUUUUUCAAGAUGAAUUGAGCUUCUCUUGGCCCUCUGACUGUUUUAACAUUGACAGUGUAGGUUUGUGUAUUUUGAGAGAGACAAUAAUUAUUAUUGUUCAUAACUGAUGGUGUGUAAAACUGAGCUUUACAAGUAAUUCAGAGAAUAAUUUUGCAUGUAAUUUGAAUACUAUGAUACUAUAACUUUAUUAAUAAUCUUGCUAAACAUGACAAAAACGGUCUCAAAUAAACUAAACAUUUUAAA